AAUAAAAUAAAAAUUGGAAAACAGUGACAGCGUAUCUGCACUGAUAUGUUUAUAUAACACCUAGAAGUGGCGUGCAGUUUCUGUGUGUCUCCAGUAGCUCAACACUCUCUGCUUCCACAGCUCUCCCUUCCAGAUCUGAUCCCAACAACCAGGGUUAUCUGUGAAGAAGUUACAGAACAUGGGUCGUGGAGUUAGCAGCGGUGGGGGACAGAGUUCUUUGAACUAUCUUUUUGGGAGUGGAGAGGCUCCAAAACCGGCUGCCAACAAUGCUCAAGCUGCGCCAGUUCCAGAUGAGCCUGCUUCCAAGCCUGUUGCUCCUGCUCCUGCUCCUGAACCAGUUGAUAUCACCAAGGCGAUUCCUGCUGGUAUCCAUAGCACCUCUACAAACAACUACAUGCGUGCAGAUGGCCAGAACACCGGAAACUUCAUAACGGAUCGACCCUCGACCAAGGUCCAUGCUGCCCCGGGCGGUGGAUCUUCUUUGGGUUACCUCUUUGGUGGACCGGGUGGUAACUGAGACAGACAUGCCCUUCGUUUCGUUGAUCCGUUAUAUAAACAAUGGAAGUCUCUAUGGAUUCUGUGAUGUAAUAUAGGUCUUGUGGUUGUUGGGAUCAUUCAGCCAAGAAUGAUCUAUUUUAGAUGGAUAAACCAUCUGAUACAGAUUUCGUUUUCAUGGACAAACCAAACAUUUCCUAGUGCAUAUUUCGUGUUUCUCGUUAUUUUCUCA